AUGAUCUUUCCUGACCUGAACCAAGUAGAUUUGAAAGGCGACCCAAAGGGCCCCGAGCCGGCUCAUGAGGGAGCAGGGUUGGUGCAUGAUGUGGGCCUCGCUGUGCUGCAGGGGGGACGGGGUGCAGAGGUGGGCCUGCAGGGGGCAGUAGGCGGCACCGUGGUGCACAGAGAGGCCCGGGAGCAGCAGAGGAAGAGGAGGAGGAGGAAGAGGAAGAGGAGGGUCGGCGCUGUUAGCACGGUUACCGUGGAGACCGCCGUCCCCAGACAGGGCCACGCCGAGGUUGCCAUGGCGAACAAGGCGGAGCUGCACGCCUCAGACCACACCCCCUCCGCCGAGGAAGAGCUGCCUAAGCCCGCCGCACGCCGCCCCCGCCGCAGGGCCGCCGCCCCCUUAAGCAGGCGGGGUCAGAGAGGGAAGAGGCGGGGCCCCGCGGAGAAAAGGCGGGGCCCCGGCGAGAAGAGGCGCGGCCCCAAGGAGAAGAGGCGGGGCCAGGAGGAGAAGAAGAAGGAGGGCGUGACGGUGAAGAGGACGUGCAGCGACGGGAAGCGGCGCUGGGACAAGAAGCACUACUGCGUUUUCUGCCGCCGGCCGCAGGUAAAGAUCGCUCGCCACCUGCUGAGGAAGCACGCCGACCAGCAGGAAGUGGUGGCCGCCAGCACGCUGCCGACGGGCUCCAAACAACGCCACCUGCUGCUGGAGCACCUGCGCUGCAGGGGCAACUACCUGCACAACAUCGAGGUGAUCAGACAGGGCACAGGUGAGAUCGUCCCGUGGCGUCAGCCCUCAGAGGAAGUGGAUCCCAGGAACUACCUUCCCUGCCCGCUUUGCCUCGGCUUCUUCCUUCGCGCUGACCUCUGGAAACACCAGGCCUUCUGUCGUAAGAAGCUGACCUCUGACCCCUCCAAAGACCCCGCCUCCAAAGCAGAGACCACCUCUGACCCUGUGAAGGACGCAACCUCUGACUCCACAGGUAAGGCGGCCUCUGAUCCGGCAGACGACAGGACCUCCAAGUCCACAGAGGACACACCUUCUGACCCCUUAGAAGACACAAGCACAGCAGAUCAGACUGGGACCAAACGGCCCUUGACCUCUGACCCCGGUGUGGACCAGAACGUGAGCGCUAACCCUGGGGCAGACCGACCCAAGAAGCGCAUCAGGGUCCAGGCUGCAGCGUCUCGCCUCCUGCCCAUUUCCAGUGGAGCCUCAGAGAGCUGCAGCGAAGUCCUGCACCGCAUGAACCAGGACCAUGUCUCACACCAGGUGAAAUCUGAUUGGUUGAUUUGUAAAUAUGGAAACAAGUUGAUGGGGAACCAGGAUGGCAGCCAGAGGAGGUACGACUACGUCAGUCAGAAGCUGAGGGAGCUCGGGAGGUUGCUCCUGGCUGCUAAAUCUCUGGACUCCAGCAUUCAGACCCUCCAGGACCUCCUGGCUCCGGGUCGCCUCAGCCUGGCGUUGGCGGCUGCCAGAAAGGCAUCCGGAUACCGGUGGAGCCGCCCUCCGCUGGUGGUGAAGACGACGCUAAAAACAGUUUGUGAGAUUGCCAUCGGAGAGAGUCUGCAGGACGGAGACUGGGAGGCUGCAGCCAAGACCACCGAGUUUUACCACCUGCUGGGGAGGGACUGGGACAACCUGGGGCUGCUGAACCCUGAUCCCGACACAGCUGCUCCAGUUGGAGGAGCGAAGCCGAAGAAACGAUUGGUCCAAUCAAGAAAUGAGAAGGAGUGUAAAGAGCCCGGUGAAGAGCAGUCCGACCCAAGACCAGAGGUUCCGUCACAGAGCAGUAACAGACCAGUCACCUCCAUAAUUCCACCAGAGGCCAGACUGCAGACUCCUAUCACAGUCCCGGUGGCUCCAAGAAAGGUCCAGCGUCGCCCAUGGUCGUCUGCAGAGAAGGAGGCGGUCUGGAGACAGUUGGGAGUCCACGUAUUGGUCCAGUCAGUACCGGGGAAGGAGGUCUGUCAGCGGUGUCUUGACCUGGAGCCCGUUCUCAGAGGGCGACACUGGAAAGAUGUCAAAAACCAGGUCCACAACCAGAUCCAGAGCCAGAAGAAGCAACAGUUCCACGCCCAGAUGGACCUUCAGGAGAACCAGGAUCAACAAGACCAAAUCCAAAAUCAGAAGAAACAGCAGCAUUACCAGGCUGAAAUGCACCAACAGGACAAGGACAGCAGUCAGAAUAAGAAGAAACAGCAGUACCAUACCCAGAUGGACCCCCAGGAGACCAUUCAGAAUCACAAGAAACAGCAGUACCUGCCCCAGAUGGACCCCCAGGAGACCAUUCAGAAUCACAAGAAACAGCAGUACCUGCCCCAGAUGGACCCCCAGGAGACCAUUCAGAAUCACAAGAAACAGCAGUACCUUCCCCAGAUGGACCCCCAGGAGACCAUUCAGAAUCACAAGAAACAGCAGUACCUUCCCCAGAUGGACCCCCAGGAGACCAUUCAGAAUCACAAGAAACAGCAGUACCUUCCCCAGAUGGACCCCCAGGAGACCAUUCAGAAUCACAAGAAACAGCAGUACCUGCCCCAGAUGGACCCCCAGGAGACCAUUCAGAAUCACAAGAAACAGCAGUACCUGCCCCAGAUGGACCCCCAGGAGACCAUUCAGAAUCACAAGAAACAGCAGUACCUUCCCCAGAUGGACCCCCAGGAGACCAUUCAGAAUCACAAGAAACAGCAGUACCUUCCCCAGAUGGACCACCAGGAUACCAUUCAGAAUCACAAGAAACUGCAGUACCAUACUCAGAUGGACCACCAGGACCACCUUCAAAUUCACAAAAAGCAGCUGUGUCAUGGUAGACUAGACCCCCAGGACCAUAUUCAGAUACAUAAGAAGCAGCUGUACCAAAUGGACGCGCAGACCCAGGCACUGCAGACCACCCUGGAUCGGGACACUUCUAUUCUGACGGGUACACCAUAUGGACCUGACGGGCCACAUCGAGUCCCUGGACAGUCAUUGCUGGAGCGGGACCCUACCAUCAGUUCAUACCCACUUCCACAUAGGACCCUGGGCCCUCACAUGGACCAGUUGCUGUCCAGAACAGAGUGGACUGACGAGUCUUUGGCCCAGCACUACUCGCUCAGCAGGCAUCUGGACAGGAACCUGCUCCCGGAUGCGCCCACAGGAGGACCACCGUCCAAUCCACACUCUGGACAUGUUCACUUCUGAUGGGCCGGCCCACAGGGGCCCUCAGCAUUAAUGACUGUAUUAGAUAAGGUAGCAGAAGGCCUCUUUACGCCAUCUGGUACAAGUUCCUGAACUUCCUAAAGUCUACCUUCUUAACCAGAGGAACCCCACGACCUGUAACUUCAGGUGUUACGUUUAAAAGAACAACUGCACUCCCUUACCAAACAGAACCUGCUGUAUACAACACAUAGGAACCCGUAGGGGGAACCUAGAACCUCACAGACUCAGGUUAUGAGCAUCUCCAGGUGACAGGUCGGUCAGUUCCUGUAGUGGACAGCAGCUAAACCACUACAGACCUGUCUGCUUGGUGGAGGGAGUCGAAGAAAGAAAGUCUACUAUGUGUAAAAGGUUAUAUAUUUACAGGUCUGCCUUUAGUAGCACUUGAUCCAAUCACCAUCCAGUAUUAUUGUUGUUGUCAUGUUCCUUUGUGUAUUCUCACUCAUGACUACCAGCUUUCUGCCCCUGAACCGAGGCCUGGACUACGAAGGGAGUGUAACCUACUCAGAUUUAACUCGGGGGUGUCGAACUCUGCCUGCUACACUGGUGUUAAACUGUGACGGUGAAUAAGAAGUUGGGUCGCUGUAAACUUAACUGGUGCACGUUCACUGAAAAUCGACAUUUUGGGCCGUGCAGGCAGAGUUUGUUCACGCCGCAUGCUCCGUAUUUUCCCCAGAACAAGACCUGGUGAUUGUGUCAGGAUAUGAGGAGGUAAAAUAUGUGAAAACAUUUAUGCAGAUGGGCUACAGCCCAGAAACUGGCUCUGACAUGAAUAAAGAUCUCCUCCCUACAUGCUGAGGCUGCAGGGUUAACGUGUUGAGGAUAAGUUCAUUUCAGCUGUGUAGCCCACCUACACAGGGUAACCUCGAGUUAACCACGAAGAUAACCUGCUGGGAGCACUUUAGAGAUGCAGCGUGACAGCAGACCUCAGGUAACACCUGUCCCCCUCUUGUAGUACGGGUUAAUCAGGAGGUUACUCCUGCAGUUUCCUGGAUAAGUUACCUGCUUCAUAGUACAGGCCUCAGGUGUUUCAUGUCCAGUGUGUUCAGGUCUGGACUUUGUAUUUAUCACCAGUAGAUGGCAGCGUUCUCACUGACUCACUAAAUAUUUAAGCUUUCUACAGAAGUAUAAAAGCAUUUUCCAGACUGG